AUGAAUUACUGUAGCAAAUGUAAAAAAGACUUAAGUUUACUAGGGCAAAUUUGUUACAAAAUAGCUGGUGAAGCCUAUUGUGGAGAUUGUGCUAGUUGCUCUUUUUGUAAGAAGAAAUUAGUUUCAGAAUAUGUUAGUAGACCAGAUAAACCUGGAAUAUUUGCUUGUAAAGAUUGCGAAUCAGAAUUAUUUAAACCUGCUGAUUAUGACUCUAAUGCUAAGGUAACUUGUCGUUGUGCUUACAACAUUAUUGAUGCUGAUUGUUGUCGAACUAAACAACCAACUGAAGAAUACGAUGUAUGUAAGUGUGGAGCAAAGAAAAAUAAGGUAGCAUUAUUGUCAAAACUUCCUAUACUAUCAAAAGAAAAAGAUACAUUAAACACAAAACUGACUUCACUCGCGAAAACUCAGUCUGAUUUGGCACUAAUUGUGAUUGUGCUAGACAAUUUAGAGAAGCCAAUCAGCAAACUUGCCCCCGUUAAAUGUUCCCCCCCUGAAUUAGAAGUCUCUGCUAAUCCUCAACAAACUAACUUUAAUUGGGAACAACAAGGUUUAAGAAAUGAAGUCUUGCUUUUAAGGGAAAUGGUCAGAGAAUUAGAGACUAGACUAGCCAACCAAACUAAUUUAACUCAUGAAGAAAGAUUACAAAGCAAUUAUCUAAGGAACUUACAACAAAAUACUUUACGAAGUGCUGAAAGUUCUUAUCAGAGCAGGUAUGGAACUUUGACAGAAGAUAAUCCUAACAAGAAUAAAGGUAUCAGUGGUGGAGUAAUUGCUUUACUAAUUGGCGGAUUAGCAUUAGAUGAAUUUGAUGAGAAUAUUCCAAGUGGAUGUCAAGAAGUUGUUUCUGUGCUAGUGGAAGGCAAGAAAGAACUAAUUGGCAAAAUCCAACUACUUCGAUAA